AUGUCAUCAAUUUCGAAAUCCUGGAUUAUCAAUCUUACUAUCUUAUUCGCAUUCCUCACCACUCUCGUCUGGGCUGAAAUUUGUCAAGUUUGUAUGUACGACGGAACGAUUUAUCGUGACUGGCGCGGAGAAAUUGCAGCCCCCAAAUUCUGCGAUCAAAAAGCGACUGAGAUGAGUAUAAUAAAUCAAAAUACUAAUAAAGCGAUGUGCACCUACAUGAAUUGGAAUACAAAUGUUAAAGAUCAAUACGGUCAAAAAACGUUUUGUCGAAUCAAAUGUGAGCGUCCAACUCAUUGUAUCGGGACAAAAAGUCGCAUAAAAGAUAAAGACGGAAACAUGGUAGACCACCUCGCGUUCCUUGGGCGUAUGGACAUGCAGUGUAAUGAAUGGCCCGCAAAAUAG